AUGGCAGAUGCUAGCGCUGGUGAAGUACCUUGGUGUGAAAUUCCAGAUCAAACUCCAUUUGAGAAGGACAACCUAAGUCCGGAAAAGAUUUUGGAGGAAAUCACAGAAAGUUUCGGAAAAGUUGUAGGGGAUGCAUUUCAAGGUGAGAAGAAUGUUGUGUCAUUGCUGGCGUGCGUGUUAAACAGUUUUUAUUGUUUGUUCGAUCUUAAGUUAUAUUUUUCUGUAUCAUUUAAAGUUUAUUGUAAUAGCGUUGAAGGUUCUUUCAUAUUCAUUUCACUUUUAUACAGACUUUCUAAAUUGUGAAAUUUACAAAAUUUUGAAAAAAUUGUUGACGUACUUUUUACAAAUUAAACUUCAUGUCGAGACGUCGGGUUUCAAAACAAAAGGCAAGCGUUUGACUGAAAGAAAAAAUAUUUUGGCUUGGAUCUUAUACUUUUAAUAUAUUAACUUUUCGAUGCAGUACAAAUGAACAUUUGUUAGGAAAUGUACUUCUGCACUAUUGGUAGCCUGUUACAGUUAAAUAUUUUAAAAUAUCGUUCCUGUGUUCGUGAUAUAUGACGUUUGUUAUGAAUAAUUUAUAUGUGUUGGACUAAAUGUACCCUGGCUGUAUAUGUGAUAAUGUCUAUUUAAUAAUAGGCCAUAUAUACUAAAAUUUGUUUCUGAUCAUGAUUUUAAGUAAUGUCUAUAUUAAAGUAUAAAGUAUAAAAAAAGAAAACUAUAUGCAAACAUGCCUAACACGCGCGUAUGAAAGCAUGUUGACAAAUUUCGACGUAAUUUCCUCGGCCUUUAUGGACAUUGGGCAAAUUUACAUAUACACUUAAGAAAUUCAAUAAUUCACGAGGAAAAUACAAAAGAAAUGAAUGUUUAAUCAAUGUUUGUAAAUCGGAUAAAGAUUUGUCCUGAUUUACUUCAACUUCAGCUUUGAUUUUCUCGGCUUAACGGACAAUAUUGUUUAUUUUUAAAAUUACUUCGCCAAUGAACUCGAUCAUAAGAUGGGUCAUUUUUAAGUACGAGUAAAACAUCCGAUCUGUAUCUGAUAUACAAACUUUGGCUCGAUCUAGUACAUAAACUGCAAACAAUUAAGUAGAAUUGAAUGUGUAGAUCUCUACUAUAUAAGGUGGCGUUUUAUAGUCAUAUAGACUAGACCAGCCUUAUAUACUUAUUAUUUUACAGUAAAAUACGCUACGCCAGUAAAUAAGAGAAAACUCAAGACGAACAACACAAUAUAAAGGAUGUAUUAUACAACACGAAAUCACAGAUGUUCGCAAGCGCCGAGCGGGGCUUAAUAUAAUUAUAUUGUCAACACUCAACACUGUUCGAGUGUCAAUCAAAAUACGUCGCUGUUUGAUGUGACGUACUUCCUGUAACUUUAACAUAUUAAUAAUGCUAAUGAAUACGUCAUUGUAUGUGUGACAUACUAUAACUUUAUAUUAACAUAACAAUAACAAUGUCAAUGGUGGCGUUCUGUUAAAAAAAUCACUAUGUUUACUAUGUUGUAUGUUCAAUAGCUAAUUAAUACAAUAUUAUGAUCUCUUAAUUUAUAAUCCAAUUGCUUAUAUAAUUAGUGCAUACUACAUUUUCUAUUAUUUAAUUCAGAACAAGAUGCCACACAUGUUGAUGUUAUCAAAGAUCUAGUUAAGAGGGAUGCUGACUCGUGUAUAUUUCAAAGACUGAAGAUGUCCUAUGGACAAGCAGUUAGAUUCAAAGCAAAAUUUUCCUAUCUUUUUCCACCUGAAAAGGAAGCCAUCAAAAGUGGCAGUAUGAAAGAUUUACCACCGCCUCUGAAACCAACAAUGGGGCAACUCUCUUCCUUAGAUCCAGCUGUGAAAUGCCUUUAUUUGUCAAAGUAAGUAACAAUUUAUUCAAGUUAUUACUGUAAAUUAAAAUAUCAUAUGCUAAUAAUGUAUAAGUGUACGUUACUCAGUGCCAACAUGCAUGUCUGCAGAUUGUACCUUGUAAUAUUAUUGUCUAAAAUUGUCAGUUAUUUGUAUAGGUAAUAGUAUGGUUUCAAGUGCAAUUUGGAAAAAUUAACAUGCACAAUUAAGUAAGUUUUUAAAAGACUAUCAAAAUUGCAUGAGUCCGAAGGAUGAGCAGGGCCAUUCCUAGACACGAUAAUUGGGGGGAGGGGUGCAAAUAUAUUCAGAUAUAUUCAUAUACCGUAAAAACAAUUAUCGCUUUCAAAAGAAAUCUGUUUGGCAGAACAUAAAUAUAUGAAUAUACUACCCCCCCCCCCCCAAUUAUCACGCUAGAAAUGGCCCUGAAGACAAGUGCAAUUAAUUGAAGCCUUUGAAAAACUCAUGAGUGUAUGUUUUUUUCGAAUUGUGUGAGAAACCAUAUUUGCUAUUACUUAUUAAUGAUAUACAUGAAAACAAUUAUGCAGUCACAUGCCUAAGUCACAUUUAGAAAUUAAGAAAAUUAAGAAAAUGAAAAAAUUAAGAAAUUUGCACUGUACUGUAUUUUAUUUUUUUGGCUCUGUAUUUUGAAAAAAUUGCACUCAGCUCUUCAGAGCAGUAUCAGAAUUGAGAAUUUUUUCAUGUAUAUUAUUAGUUAGAUUAUUCUAAUUGUAUAUUAUUAGUUAUAUAUAUAUAUAUUGGAUGUUUUCAGACGAAAACAGGUUGGAAUGCUUGCUACAGCUCAUUGGAAAAAUUCCUUUCCAAAAUUUAACACACCACAAAAAAGGAUAGAGCUGGUAGAAUUUGCUUCAAGUAUAGCUGAAGAAUGUUCAGUUCCAGCAGCAGGAUUCAAUAAAGAAGGAAUUGCAAAGCAUAUUCAGGAUUACUUCAAUGAGCAAAGAGAUAUAAUAAAAAAAGGAAACUGGUAUGGAUUAAAACUUUCCAGCAUUUAUAUAGAAAAGUGCAAUUGUACGUGUCAAGUCAAAAGGCUGUAACAUGUUCUGAUAUCCCGGUUAAAUACAGGUAUUCCCAUUAACAAAAGCUAUACAGAAUAGAACCAUGCAUUUGGAGGGGGGUAUAUUCAUAUUAUAUUCAUGUUCACAUACCGUAAAAAACAAUUGCUUUCAAAAGAAAUUCGUUGGACUUAACACAAAUAUAUGAAUAUACAGAUACACUCCCACCCCAAUUAUCGCGUCUAGGAACGGCAUUGCAGAAAGGGUAUUUUGCAAUUGUCCCCUACUACAACAUGUCGAGCAAUGUGUUUAGUUUGUUUGUUUGUUUGUUAACUCUAAUUCUGAUUUAUACCAUAGCUAGUUCACUUUUUUAUGCCCUGAGAAUGAACUGAAAAUCUACUGGAAAUUAACCUGAAAUUGCUCAUGAACAAUGUUUGGGGGGUGUUGACCCCCCCCUCUUGCACACCCCACUGCUAUAGCCCCCCCCCCCUCUUGCACACCCCACUGCUAUAGCCCUGGAACCUAAUUUAAAUUUCGUUUGAAUUUGAAGUUAAAUUUGUUGUUGUGAUAUUAUUACUGAGCUUAAUUAUCUCUAGCUAGUAUAUAUAAUCCUUUUCAUAUUUAGGAUCACACCUACAGUUCUGGUUCGUCAACUUCAGAAGAGCCUUUCUCAGUGAGUCCAGAGCUGAUCCUAAAGACGGUAUAUUGUACUAAUUUCAUUCUAGCUAGCUAGUGUUUAUCACAUAUUUUUGCACGUUAUUGACCUGACAAUUUGUCUUAAAUCUUCUAGAAAAAACCUUGUGAAAAAAUGGUAAUCUCAGACUGCAAAGAUGGUGAAAGUCAGAAUAACCAAGUAAAUGUACUGUAAAUUAACUAUCAGCAACCAUUAGCUAAGCUGGCAAUCAUUGCCCAGAUGGACAUAGCUACAGUACAAUGGGCUCUACUAACUUCCAGAGGAAGAGCCUUCACUGAAAACGUCAAAAUUUCGUUGAUAUUUUCCAAAUAGUCUGUACGUCUUAUUCACACACUCAGAAGCAUAUUCAAAAAAUACCUCCACUAGCUGAUGAGUGGUCCCUAAUUAACGUUAGAGAUAUAUACUACCAUACUUUAUAAGGUAAUUUUAGUUCAGUAAUUAGGUUAUUAAUUAAUUGUUGUCAGCAUUUUAAAUUGCACUUUUGAAUGGACAACUAGUAUGUGUCUCUUAAUUUGUAUACUGCCCCACAUGCUUGUGUUUAUCCAGUUGGAUUGUCCAACUUUAGUAUGUACUUUUACAACCGUAGCUCUGUCUAGACGGUUAAUAACUCACUAUCUAUAUCUAAUGAAUAUCGCCAAUUUAAUUAUUUUUACCUAAAAGAUUAAAUUCUAUUUUUAAUAUUUAGGAUGAUAGCAGUGAGAAUGAGAGCCUUCCAUCAACAAUCUCUGCCAGAAAUUCUGACAAUGACGAGAAUGAUAGCUUACAAGACUCCCAGUCUCCACCUUGUACACAAAGUGAUGUGCUCAAUGACCCUAAAUUGACACCUAAAGCUUGCAAAAAGAUUAUCAAGGCAGUUUGUGGAAAGAUAUUGGACAGGGAGGAGACUGUUAAGCUACUAAAAAGUAAAUUUGGCAUGCCAGCAAGAAGUUUGACAUCUUUGACUCCCUCACAGCUUCUAGAAGUGGCAUCCAAAAAGUUGUUAAAAGGAAAGUAUGUGGAGAUUCCUCAUGAUAUCAAUCCGAGUGAACUAAGCAAAAGUGUAUGCUCAUUGACGGUCAAAAAGGAGAUUGAACUGUGA